AUGGGAGGAAGAAGAAAAUCGAAUAGAAUGCCAAAAAAAGAAAAAGUUUAAUCAAUUAAAACCAUAUUUGAUUGUGCUCUUUGCGGCUAUAAAAACUGCGUAAUUGUUAAAAUAAAAAAAAUAAUUAAGAUUGCAGAAUUAAAUUGUGAUAAAUGUUAAGUUUCCUUUCAUACUAAAAUCAAAGGAUUAGAUGAGGCUAUUGAUGUAUAUCAUAAAUGGUUGGCUGAAUUGAAACAAAAGAAACUUACUAAAGAAUAACCAGAAAACAGAUUUGAUGAUAACUCAAGCGGAGAUGAAGGUGCCGGAAGAAAUGUAGAAGAAAUUCUUAAGGACUAAGGAGAUGAUGAUAAUAAAUCUUAAUUUAGCGCUGAUUCAUUAGAUGAAAAAAAUCCAUAAUAAACCAAUCAUAAUGAGAAAAACACAAAAGGCAAACUUAAGAAGCAACACUCAGAUGAUGGAAAUAAUGAAGAGGAUGAUGACGAUGAUGAUGAUGAUAUUUCUGAUGAAUCAAAAUUAGACUCUGAGAGAAUUUCAGAUAUAGAUAGCCUACUAAGUGAUGCUGAUGAUGCCGAAGAAAUUAUUAAGAAAUUUAGAAAACGUUGA